GCGUUGUCCAGUCCUGGCAAGAGGAGGACCGUUCAGCAAGCAGGUAGAGUCAGCACGGGGCACUUAAUGAAGGGACAAGGGGUGACCAAAGACUGCAGGUGUUGAGAGACAUGUAGGUCAAGAGAAGAGCUUAAAGCUGGUUGGAUCUUUGCUUGUGAAGAGACCGAAGCAGAGGAGUGAAAGGAGGAACAGAGAACACCAGUCACUAACUACACUCUCCUCUACGGGGCACUGAUACGCUUCAUUGAAUGUGCGGUGUGACACACAAGAAGAUGAAAGCGGUGAAAGAGGACGUGUGAGGACAGUUCAACAUGGAGCCCCUAAUCCUGCUGCUUCAGCUCCUCUGCGUUGCUGCUGGGAGUGACCCUCGCAGGGUCUCGGGCUUGUUUGGGACGGACGUGCGACUCGACUGUACGUUUGACCCCAGCAGGACUCUGGCAGAUCUUCUUCAGAUUCACUGGGACAGGAUUGAGAGGUCAUUGUACAAAAGAGUGCACAGCUACCACGGCGGGCGAGAUGACCUCCACGAGCAGGACGCAGACUUUCAGGACAGAACCAGUUUGUUCCCGGAGGAUGUCUCCAGUGGCAACGCUUCAUUGCUGAUCUCCAGCGUGCGCAUGGCUGAUGCGGGCACCUAUUCCUGCUUUGUUGUUUACCCGAGUGGCCCUGAAGAGUACCGCACAGAGCUCGUCGUUUUGGCUUCUUACACGGACCCUGAGCUGGCCUACGACGAGGACGGAGACUCUCUGACCUGCAGGUCUUCAGGUGGGUUUCCACUGGCCUCGCUGUCCUGGACCCGCAGGACCGGACAAGACUACACCUCCGCCUCCAGCACUCGGGCCCAUCUGAGUCCUGUGGGGGUGUACGACAUUCAUAGCACCCUACGAGGAGAUUUCAAAAAGGAGGACGUGUGCUGCUCCGUCUUCAACCGAGAGCUCAGCGAGAACAAGACGCGCUGCUUUGGGCGAGAGACCCCAGGUGCAGGCGGAGCGUCUCCAGCGUAUGUCCUGCUGCUCGUGGCCGUCUGUGUCCUGAUGGGUGUCGCACUGUGUACGGCUCUCGUCUUCUAUUAUAGAGACCACCUGCAGCUCUUGGUUUGUGUCCAUUUAUGGUGGAUUCGCCGUAACAUCACCAAGUUUUCAGCGCCAGUGACGAUCAAACUGCUCGGCCUGCAAUUCCAUGGGAUUCCCUCCCUGAUAAACUCCUGCGUGUGGGUGUAUAAGAACAAGGGCGACUUUCAGAAUGUGGCUAAGGCGGACACAGAAGGCGCCACAAAUGGAAAGCCCCUCAAGAUCAAAGUAACGGAGUACGUAACCCUGGAGAAGGAAAAGUUUUUAAAAUUUACAGACGAUAAGGGCUUCGAGGACAUGCAGGAGUACUUGAACAGAUGGAAGGAAGAAGCCGAGAAGGAGAAGACUGUUUUUGUGUUUGUGUACAGGUGUGAUUUGGUCAUGUCUCCAAAACUGAAAAAAGAAAUAGAGCAGCUGUUUAUGGAUCUGAAGAAUUUAAGUGGUCUGUAUCCUUAUGUCGUCCUCACGUUUAAGAACCGAAAUGGAUCAAAUGCCUCGGACAUCCUUUACUGGCUAGGAUCAUUGAGGAGUUUCCAUGUCCACAAUUACACCAAGGACAACCAGAAGCGGAGUGGCGCCCGAGACCUGGCAUUCCUGGAGUUCCUGCAGGCCUGCAUCAUCAAAGGGGGGUGUGCUGAGCAAGAGGGGGCGCUGAUGAGCUGAGGCCACUUUGGGCUGCACUGCAGUGGGUUGUCACCUGUCUGCCAUAUCUUAGUCAGCGAGUGCCCCCAGCUGCUGCUUGUUUUCCCUUUUCUGUGUGACAUUAGUUUACCCUAAAAUGUGAUUUUUGCCAUUCUUAUUUAUUUUUUUUUGGUCAUACAAUUGGCAGGGUCUGGUCCACGGAGGACCAUUUUCCCAUUUAUACUGGCUCCUCACCCUUUAUUUUAGAAGUAGGCUGCCUGAACAGCAGCUGCUUGGCUGCAGCCUCCAACCUUCAGUGUGUGUCCCAGUAACCCUAACCUGGGUGGGCCAUACUGCUCUUCAAUUUGUAUGGUAAUGUGGGUCCAUGAAUCUAUACACACAACCAGGAUAAAGUGGGCAACUCUGUGAACCUGGUUUCCUAAAGAAACCCCCUCUAUGGAGUUCCCCUUUAACAAAACGCUCAUCACCAGCCACAAAACUCCUUAACAUGCACAAGCCAGUUUGUUUUUUGAAGGGGGGGGUUACAGGCAUCCAUAAACCUGUGCAAAGUGGCUCUCCCCACUGGGCAGACGCUGGUCAUACUGGAGGAAUUCUCUCUUGGCUGGUUCGGGAAUGCUUGGAAAUUCCGUAAGAGCUAGAAUCUGCUUGGAGAGACCACUGCUGCAGAGACCCCCAUCAGGAGGAUCUGUUCUGGUUAAGGCAAUGAGCCCCUGGCCCAACAUUUCUGCCUUUGUUCAUUUUUAAUUAUUACACUGUAUGUAAAUAUUGUUAUUGAGGUUUGUUUUUUGUGAAAUUGUGUGUUUUUUAUCACUUUAGUUUCCAUCUAUGGAUGCUUGUUCUGCCAUGUGCCUUGUGGUUUGGGGGGUUCCUCAGGGAUGAGACCUCUGGUCACCCCGCAGUGAAGGCCAGCCUCCCCCACCCAAUAAAGGCUCAUGGGAAUUGUACUUGGUGCAUACUGCGUUAGGUUUUUAUUUUUAUUUCUAUUAGAUUUUUGACCACUGUGCCCUGCUGUGAUCCACUUGGACAUAAUGGCCAAAGUGGGUUGAGGCUUUAAAAAUGGCCAGAAACUAGGACAGGCUGGCUUCAGCCCACAGCAGGUCCAAAAUGCACUUCUUAAAGUGCAAAGAAGAUAUGCUUUAAUGUCCUAAUUAUAAUCAAAAAUGACCAACUACAGAAGGUACCACUGUAAAACAUUGCCUAGAAAAAAAAUUAAGAAUUCCAAAGAAUAGAAGUGCACAAAAGGAGUUUUCCAAAAAAAAAAAAGCAAUCCAGUAACUGAUACCCAAAAUGCAUUCUGAAAGCAGUCAGAAAAAGAAAAGAGAAAGUUCAAAAAUACUUUACAAAGGGGAAAAAAAAAAAAAAAACCACACACACCAAGCACAUACAACCUGGGAAGGACUGCAAUUCCCAUGAGCCUUUACAGGGUCAGAGUCCAACCCUCCAUUGAGAUUGAUAGGUGGCCCCACCUCUUGAGGGACCCCUCCCACAAUUAGCAAGGGCUGCAUCAGCACAAGUAUCCACAUGAACAAACAAAACAGAUUUAAAAAUAAAAAUAUACAUCUAUCUAUAUAUAUAUAAUUCACUAAGUCCAUGGCAAGCAAGACAGAGCCCCGCCCACCAACAAUUCACUAAGCAGCCGACCAUGGCACGCACAACAGAGCCCCACCCACCAACUCCUAACACUCCUCCCACAUUGUUUUCCUUUUAUUUCUGAUCCCGUUCAACAACUAUAUGGCAACAUCAACUUCUCAACUGUGACUCCGGAACAACUCAGUACACGAGCUAUAUUAAGCAUCACCAACAAAAACUCGCUACACUGUAAUGAACAAGUACUGAAACGUAUCCCUACCGACAAAGUAACUUUCACCAGUAUUGCCUCCAUCGUCACAGACGAUCCCGCAGAUCAAGUUUCAUCCCCCGAAGAAUUUCUUAACAGUCUUACUCCCACUGGCAUGCCUCCGCAUAAACUCAAAACUAAAAUAGGUUCAGUCGUCAUGCUUCUCAGAAACCUCAAGCCAGCAAGAAGUCUCUGUGAUGACACUAGAUGGACUGUUGUCAGCAUUCACUGCAAUGUACUGCAGUGUAAAACUAUCGCAGCUCCUACCUCACAAACUGUCCUUAUUCCCCGGAUAUCCCUAACCCAUUCAGAUUCAAAUUUGCCUUUUACUUUUACACAUAGACAAUUUCCUGUUAGAUUGUCAUUGUAAAGGCCAUUCUAAUAAGGCACAGGGACAAACUUUCAAAACGAUAUGCCUGUAUCUGCCAAAGCCAGUUUUCAGUCACAGACAAUCGUAUGGUGCUCCCUCCAGAGUUCUAUCUUUGUAGUCACCGUAUAUCCUCAAACCCACCCCAUUUGGACAACUGUGUUGUUCAGGAAGUGUUCACCCAUCAAUAAAUAAUUACUAGGGUUGGCUAGUAAUUAUAUAAAUGAAAAAAAUCUAAACAAGGAAUUUAUACAGAACCAAUGGGGGGUCCUGGUCUAAACACAAGAGGAGACUUUUUGGGUUACUUCUAUUAUGUUUAAGUGGUCUCCUGUGGCCUUUGUGUUGUGGGUAAAGCCCCCCCAGACGCAGGCCCCCUUCCCACAUUUUUUUUACUCAUUGGUUGCUGCUGGACUUUUGAAGGGUUGUUUCUUAAAUUCUGGCAUCUUAAUUUCUUGCUUCUGCUUAGAUGGUUUGGCUUUGGGUCAUCUUUUCAUGCAAAUUCAUUUUACCUUUUAUAUUAUAUAUAUAUGUUCUGAAUUGGCCAUCAAAUUCUAAGCCAAAAGAUUCUUUUCCUCCCCUUGAAGAGCUUGUGGACUCCAAUCUGCUCAAAUGUAAAUAAGCAGAGGAGAACCGGACCAAGUUAAGAGACGGCCCAAUGGUGGAUUUGCGUCCCUAUUUUUCUUUCACUAUUGUUUUGCUGUGUAGUUUGAAUCUUGUACAUUAAAAUGUU